CUCUGCCACUGCUUGUUUCCAAGAUUAGACAAAAGGGAAAAACUACUUUUCACAGAGAUAGUUAGCUCCUUGCUCCAUUAUUUCAUUUUCCAAGCAUCAAUAUCCAAAUACAGUAUUAGUUCAUGAAGUACACCUGCAUGCUCCAGCUUAGAUCAGAUCUUCAAUUCUCUUCAUCACCAGCUUCUCUUUCUUUCUUUCUUUCUUUCUUUCUUCCCCUCAUCACACAUCAUCAUCAAACUCAAGCUACCCAUUUUUUUAUUAUUAGUUUUAGUUAUCUCUCCCUUUAAUUUAAAGCCCUAUUAAAAAGGUAAUCUCUUUACUUUCUUGUUACAUUAUCUUUUUUUUUUUCUUAAAAUAAUUUAUUGUUUCUCUCUCUCUAGCAGGUUUUGGAGUGAAAAGGACAAGACAAAGGGCAUAAAAGAGAAAUUAAAGCAUCAUCAUCAUCAGCAUCACCAUGGAAGGGAAGAACUAUUAUAUGAAGAACAAGAACACUAGUAGUACUACUCAUAAUAACAAUAGCUUUGAGGAGCAUUAUUCAUGGGAAACUUCUUCAUCAACACGGCCAACAAGAAGCUAUGCUUGUAGCUUUUGCAAGAGAGAGUUCAAAUCUGCUCAAGCUUUGGGUGGACACAUGAAUGUUCAUAGAAGGGAUAGGGCAAGAUUGAGAUCUUCAUGGAUUUCUAAUCACACCCCUAAACCUAACCCUAACCCUAAUCCUAACCCUACAACAACUCUUGUUUCUUCAUCAUCAUCUCCUUUAUCUAAUGAUCCUAUCAAUAAUUGUUCACAUAUUUCUCCAAUUUAUAGCCCUAAUUUUUGUCUCAAUUUGUCGUCGUCUUCUUCUUCACCCUCCCCGAAUUUAGCUUCCAUCACAAGAAGUGAAGAUAAAAAACCUAGACUCAUCAUAUCUACUCCACAAGUUCUUCCUCUUGUGAUGAAUAGUCCUCAAAACAUGGUGAUGAUGAUGAGUAAGAAAAGCAAAAGUGGUGAUUUUGUUGGUGGGGUUGAUGAUGAUGAGAAUUACAAGGAUAAUGUUUUCAAGCACAAGAAUGAGCAUAACAACAUUACCUUGGAGUUGGGAAUAGGAUUGGUUAAGCACAAAGAGCAGAAGUUGGAUUUGGAGCUUAGACUCUAGCUAGGUACCAUUUUUAAUUAUUUUGAAGAGAAAAUUUCGGAGAUUUCACUAUAAUUAUGUUUAUUAAUCCUAAUCUAUUAUUCAAGCACUUUUUAUAUUAUAAUU